GCUGUUAGAAGCACACAAAUGCGAUCUUUAGGCUACGUGUCUAGAAAUCCUAGUGUUCAAAGGAGCAGUCGGAUACCGUCCCGCAGGCCGAAUGCUAGCAGAGCCGUGACGUCCCAAGUGCCUCCACCAUUGCCCCAACCUGAACAAAGCUCUAAUGGCAUAGAACUGCAUGGAGGGUUGCCGCGGGAGGACCCCUUCCACUGGUUGCAAGCAGGCCGCAGGAAUCCGCGUGUCAUAAAGUACUUGAAGCAGGAAAAUGAGUACUGCAAGCAGCAGCUCCGUCAUCUGGCGCCACUGCGUAAGCAGCUCGAAGAGGAGAUCGCGGAGCUGUCAUGGCGUCAGGUGUUAUUGCUUGCAGCGCAGCAGCCACAACUUGCCGUAUCGGACGCCGACUCCGAUACCCAAUGUGGGAACUAUGUGUACAGGCGAGAAACUGCAUCAGACUGCGCUGGGGGUGUCCUACACGUGCGUGUUCCCUUCCGGCGCAUUACGACAGCAUCUCCACAACAAUGGCCUGCACCCGACCCCAACAGCGGCAGGGGCGACCACUCCCUGCAACUUGACGCCGCGCUGAUAGUUCUUGACGAGCAGCAACGUGCCGUAGCUGCGCCGGGCGCCGAAGCGCAUGACAUCUGCUCCUUUGCACCCAGCCCCACUUUCGACCUCGCCGCUUUCACCGAAAGCGUGCACGCGGAUUCGGGGGAUGCCCAGUCAAUCGACCAUUACGUCCUGUAUGUAAUCAACGCGGCAACAGGCGAGCCACUGCUGCAGCCGCUGCCGGACGUCAGCGGCGAUUGCGGAUGGACCACCCUAGGCGGGUGCGGCUCCACUAGCAGCGUCACUCGAGGCAACGACACCGGCGCCAGUGGCGGUGGCGGCAGACUUUACUUCACGCGCGCAGAUCACCGGGAGUUAUGGUGCCUUGAAGUGCCGCCCAUUCCAGCUGCUGGCACAGCCAGCGGCGGCAGCCACUCAAGCGCCGCCCCCAAAGACCUCCGUUUCUCCACGUCCCCACCCAGUCUUGUGUUCAGGGAUUCCGACGGCCAGCCACUUCAAAUUAUACGACGGGGGCGGUACCUGUACUGCGAGACGCUGGGGAACAGCGGCGUACCGCUGGAGAUCCGGCUGCUUGGUUUGGCUUGUGCCUCAGAGCCCGCCGGUAACAAUGAUCCUAGCGCUGGUCAAGCGCAUGGCUUGGAAGGGGCAAGUCCCGUUGACGAUGGGGCUAGGGCAGCUAGCGGCGAGCAGGAUGCAGGGCAAAUGCCGGCUGACAGCGAUGCGGGCAGGAUCCUGUUGCCGCGCCGGCCGGGCAGGCAAUACAGCGUACUUCCUUUCGAGGCCUCCAGCAAGCAAGGCGACCCGCGGGUCAGCAAUGACAGCCAACGUGGGGACUGCCAGGAAGCGAGCCUGGCGCAGCACGCACACGGCUGCUGCAGCAACACGGCGGUGCUGUGGCUGCGUGACUUGGAGCACCCCAACGGCAGCCUGUUGCUGGUGCCGUUGGGCGACGUGGCAGCACCGGCGAGCAUUGCUGCUGCGGGUGCUGGCAUGGGCACAGCGUCCAUGCGCACCACUCCUCCGCCUAGUUCCGCACGACUCCAGCUCCCGUAUCGUACACGUGGAGGCACGUACGCCCGGCAAGCUGCUGCUGGUGCGUGUGGCGGUGGAUCAGCGAGGUGACCCGGCGGGUCGGUACGAGAUGGAGGUGCUGCGGGUGUCAUGGGGCAGCGCGAUGCAGCACUGGGCCGAGGCGAAUUCGGCAGACGACCGUGGUCUGCAGGGCAGCGAUGGAAUCUGCCAGCAGGCUAGCCGGAGCCUUGUCACAGCGCACCAGCAUGCCGCAGUCAACCUACCCUCAGCGCAGCGGCACGGGGUGUUGCAAGUGGUGGCGUGGGACGAGCAGGACAACAGCGUCACCCUAUCGUACAGCAGCCUUGCGUUGCCGCCCGUGCUCGCCACGGUCAGGCUGCUACCGUGUUGUGAGCCUUCAGCGUCGGCAGGGGUAUCCGCAUCCGGCGGCGCUGGGGUUGCUGCGAGGGCUGGCGCCCCUGGUGCUCCUGCCGCGGCAGCAGCUUCUCACGGCGCCGCGUCGCCUGCUGGCAAAGGGCCUGACACCAGCGUUGUGGAGUUGGAAUGCGGGAAAGGUGACCCAUGGGUCGUGACGGAGAGGCUGUGGGCUACCUCUCAUGAUGGCGCGCAGGUCCCCAUUACUCUCUGUAGGCCAGUCCGGUGCAGCCGCGGUGACGGAAGCAGCACCCCCUCUACACAAUCCCCACCGUCACCCCUGCUGCUCCAAGUGUACGGCGCGUACGGCAUGGACCCUUCCCUGGACUACCAGGCCUCACUGCAGCCCCUGCUGCGUCGCGGCGUGGCGGUUGCGGUGGCGCAUGUGCGCGGUGGCAGCUUGCUGGGCCCUGCCUGGUACGAGGGCGGGCGCGGGGCGCACAAGGCCAACAGCCACCGGGACCUGCUGGCGGCUGCGGCGCACCUGGUGGCGUGCGGCGUGACGGAGCCGCAGCUGAUGUGCGUGGAGGCCGAGUCAGCAGGAGGUUGGGCUGUGGGUCCCGCUCUCGCUGUCGCUGGUACCGACCUGUUCCGCGCCGCCGUGCUGACGGUGCCCACCCUGGACGUGAUGACGUCACUGCUGCAAGACCCGUCGUACGGCCCCUACGAAUUGGGCGACCCGCGGGUCGACGCAAAACUGUAUCGCAGUAUAAUGGAGUGGUCACCUUACGACGGCCUGUCUGGUAGCCGUCCGGGGCCACCAUUCCCAGCACUGUUCGUUCGGGUUGGCUUGUACGACACGAAAGUACCUUACUGGGAUCCAGCCAAGUACAUGGCACGGUUGAGGAGCCUGGGGCAUGGCCGAACAGACCCCACGCUGCUGGUGAUGCAAGUGAAACUAGGCGGUCACGAGGCGUACGACUCAGUAAAAGAAGAUGCCGCGCGAUGCGCCUUUGUGCUAUGGGCCGUCGGUGCGUGGCCGGAAGGAAACACUGAUGCGGCACGUGAUUUGGGGGAGGGCAUGCCAUGGCGGUUGCCGUCCUAGUUGAGCGACAGGUUAUCAACUUUUUAAUUUACGUCCCAACACCA